AACUCUAUAUAGUUAUCUUGCUGAUAUAAACAAUGCAUGCUAGAGAUGAUUCGCCUUGAUUAGUAUUGUUUAACAUACGACAUAAUGUAUAACCGUUAGAAAAAGGUUCAAGCAAUCCAGUGAGUCACAAAUGCACGAAAAGUCAUGGCGGAUGAUGGUUUGAUAGUGCAGAAUGGUAGUGAUGGCAAAGUGAAAAGUACAAGAGAUAGUUGGGGACAUAAAUCGGAAUUCUUACUUGCGUCAAUUGGUUUAGCUGUAGGUCUUGGUAACAUUUGGAGGUUUCCUUACCUGGUGCAGAGAAAUGGAGGAGGUGCGUUUCUUAUACCGUACAUCAUUUUCAUGGUCAUUGAAGGAUUGCCAUUAUUCUUUAUCGAAUUUGCAAUUGGACAACGUUUCCGAACUUCUAGUGUUGGUUCAUGGGGUCGACUCAAUCCUGCAUUGCGCGGACUUGGAUGGUCCUGCAUCGUAGUUUCUUUCUUUCUCUGCAUUUAUUAUGUCGUUGUGCUCGCUUGGUGCAUAUAUUAUUUUUUCAUGUCGUUCACUUCUAAUCUUCCCUGGGAUGGAAAGGAAACGUGCAUCAAUUAUCAUCAGUAUCAAAAUAUUCUUGAUAAAAUCUCCCAAUUCAGUUUGAAUGACACGUUAAAAGCGCCCUGGGAAAAAUUAAAAGCUGAUUUUCCUGACUGCUGUGUUCAAGACCCUGCACAAUGGUAUUUUUACCAGCGUGUAUUAAGAGUAUCAAGCGAUAUCGAAGAUAACGGAGUUGGUUUAAAUCCUACCUUGGUGGGUUGCUUGAUAAUAGGCUGGGUGGUGACGUAUCUUUGCGUAGUGAAGGGAAUCCAGUCUAGUGGAAAGGUUGUAUAUUUUACAGCGGUUUUCCCAUACAUUGUCCUUGUCAUAUUUUUCUUCCGUGGUAUUACGCUUGAUGGUGCAAAGAAUGGCAUUGAAGUUUUCUUUAAACCAGAUUGGGACAAACUCACAGAACCGAGGAUAUGGUUAGACGCAGCCACCCAAAUGUUCUUCACAUUAAGUUUGGGUUUUGGAGCGCUGGUUGCAUUCGCCAGUUACAAUCCUGUUAAAAAUAAUUGCGUUAGGGAUGCAUAUACAGUUGUGUUUAUAAACUGUGGAACAUCGCUAUUUGCAGGUGUGGUUGUGUUCUCCAUUUUGGGUUACAGAGAGCUGAAAACUGGUCUCAAGGCUACAGAGGUUGGCUCAGGUCCCGGUCUUGCUUUCAUGGCUUUCUCUGACGCUAUUUUGUUGAUGGAUGGAGCGCCGUUUUGGGCUCUAAUGUUCUUUAUGAUGUUGAUCCUUUUGGGAAUUGAUUCCGAGUUUGGAACUUUGGAAGCUUCUAUCGCGCCUUUUUUUGAUAUGGGAAUAGUGAAAAUGAAAAAGAGUUUAUUUACAGCUAUUGUUGCCGCCAUGAUGUUACUAAUUGGUUUAUGCUUGGUGGCUGGUAAUGGAUUUUACAUAUUUCAAAUAUUUGAUGAUUUCUCUGUGACUUUACCGCUGCUUUUUAUUGCAUUCUUUCAAUGUAUUGGAGUAACUUGGAUAUAUGGAUCUGAAAACUUUGCAAAUGAUAUCGAAUACAUGACAGGAAGUAGACCAAAUGCAUUCUGGUUAAUUUGUUGGAAAUAUAUCUCACCAAUUGCGCUUCUGGUUGUUUUCGUCACCAACAUCAACGAUUUGAGUAAAAACCCCGCCCAAUAUAAUGCUUAUGUCGGGUGCACAAAUGACCCUCACUCGCCAAAAUACGAUGGUUCAAAGUCUUCGUUAAUAAAAGUAAAUUAUCCAACUUGGGCGCAAGCUUUAAUUGCCGUCAUAAUUUCAGCAGCAUUCUUGCCAACUCUAUUGUAUUUGGUGAAAGAUUUUCUUUCCCGUCCAGAUGAAUAUGCCAAAGGCUUUAAAAAGCGAUUCUUUUCAAGUUGGGUUGAGUAUUUACCAGAUCCCUCGUGGGCAGACCAAAGUCGUAGAAAGACGAAGACGGAGAUGGAGGAAAUUUUUAGAGAAUCGAUUCUACAAUCAGAAAGGGAUAGAAAGACAAAAUAAAUAAUACAUAACAAUGUAUAUCAUUUUCAUAACUAACCUGUUUUGUAUGGGAGUUUUUAUACACGUGGACGCAUAAUUUUUGCAAACUGGAACUUCGGGCACGCUUUCAGAAAUAAAUAAAAUAUAAGCCAUUAAAUAAUGGCUGAGAUUAUUCAUGUAAAAACAUUGUGUCUCUCAAAUUCAAGCCUUUUUAUAAAUACGUGUUUUCAACAAAAACCGAUUUCCGAAUUUUUCUGUUUUAAUGUUGUUUAGAAUAUCAUGUGAUAAGUUGGGUAACGAUAUUGUCUAAUUCGUGUACAUAAAUUAUCUUUGUCCAACUAUAUUUAAAAUUUA